CGUGUUUGUGUUUCAGAGAUGCGUAAUUUAAUAUAACGAUCGAGUAUGUAGCGUUAGUAGUGGACUAGAACUUGAUACUGACGGUGCGUGCCGGUGUUUUUUUCUUUUCUUUUUAUUUUCAUUUUGUUUAGUUUAUUUUUUCAGUUCGUUCUUUAUAUUGCUUCAUUCCUUGUGUUGUAUCAUAUGGUUCAUUUAUGUCAAAUUUUGGGUUAUUUUCUGUAAUCAAAGCGAACAAGUCGUGAUUAAAUUAAACAAGAGAAACGAAAGCUUUAAAAAAACCUGAUUUUUAUAUACAAACGAAGAAUAAAGGAAGAACCAUAAAUUUAGAAUUUUGAAAGAAGUAUACACAGAAAGCUCGCUUCAUUGGAUAUAAAGAAGGGGAGUUUUAACGAAAGGAACGAAGGCAGCCAACUUCUGAGGUGUACUUAUUUAAAAGUGCGACUGUUUAAAUAAAUUAGUGCAAAAUGAUGUCAAACGGCUUGGAUUCCAACGUGGUUGGUCAACAAAAUGGUGGCAAUGUUAAUCAAGUCGGAAGUCAAGAAGAAUCUAAAACCAAUCUUAUAGUCAACUACCUUCCGCAAACCAUGACACAAGAAGAAAUCAGAUCGUUAUUCGCAAGUAUAGGAGAAGUAGAAAGCUGUAAAUUGAUUAGGGACAAAGUUACUGGACAAUCACUUGGUUAUGGAUUUGUGAAUUACCAUAGACCUGAAGAUGCAGAAAAAGCUAUCAAUACCCUGAACGGUUUGAGAUUGCAAAACAAAACCAUCAAGGUUUCCUUUGCAAGGCCCAGUUCGGAAGCAAUCAAAGGUGCAAAUUUGUAUGUAUCAGGUCUGCCAAAGAAUAUGACCCAGCAAGAUCUAGAAACUUUGUUCAGCCCUUAUGGUCGCAUAAUCACUUCUCGUAUAUUGUGUGAUAAUAUCACUGUACGUCAGUUUGUCAUGGGGGACGGAGAAAAUUUGCCUGGUCUUUCGAAAGGGGUUGGAUUCAUAAGGUUUGAUCAACGUCUAGAAGCUGAACGUGCAAUCCAGGAACUGAACGGUACAAUACCUAAAGGUUCCACCGAACCAAUAACUGUUAAAUUUGCAAAUAACCCUAGCAACAAUAACAAAUCAAUUCCGCCAUUAGCAGCAUACCUAACUCCACAAACCACAAGACGUUUCGCCGGUCCCAUCCAUCAUCCUACCGGACGAUUCAGGCGUUGGCUCGCAAUUUGUUUAUUGAUAUCGGCGCUAUUGUGCAUGCACAAAUGAUACGCACAUUUUCCUGAUCUACAGAAAUUAUUUUAUAUCAGAAUCCCCUACACAGAAACGUUAUAAACAAAGAUUCUCUAUAGAUAUUCUCAAACUCGUAUUGGUUAAUUACGCAUCUUUAAAAGUAUUCUCGAUUUUACAAUAUUACAAAAAAUUGGAAGAAGACCUCCCGAACUCCGAAUUUUUAUAAUCAUUUUGCAACAGCUCAAUUGUGAAAGAAAAUGGUGGAUCGAAAGUGAAGUGAUAUGCGUACAUAAUCCUUGUAUCUGAAGAAGUUAGAAUGACCGUCCAAUUUCUACACGAUUGGACCAAGAGUUUUCCACUAACCGUUAAUGUGCAACAUUUGCAUUGUUAGAGAUUAUCUCCUAACGAUUAGAACUGUGAUGAUACAAAACCUGAACAAAAAUUAUCGGAUAUUGUGUUAUUAUUAUCUUCAGAUCAUUUUCACAUUAUUGUUGAAUGGAGAUUGUUGGAUUAAAAUUUCUCAGUAGUAUUCAUAGGUUCAAUACGAAUCUACAGAUAAGAUAUACAAAUGCAGCUAUUGUGGUGUAAAAUCAAUGAGGAAAUGGAAAGCACAAAAAGACUACAAUAAAAAAAAGAGUAAAUGGUAUAAACAAGGAACGAGUAGAAUGAAAAUUCCGCUGGAGUGAAUAUCUUUGAUUUUUCAGUCAUAAAACGUGCAAUUUUGGAAAAAGUUAGCCCAUAUCAAAAGUUAAAGGAAUAUUGUGGAUUCUGUUUGAAGAAUAAUCUUAAAAGCAUCCAGAAAUUGUAAAAGACACAUGCAAGACACGAGAGGUCAUUUCUUGACAAAGCGGAAGUCACCCAUAUGAACAUCGUCAUUUUUUGCUGUUUGAUAUUUAUUUGUUAGGUAACAGUUUAUUAAAUGAAUUGUUUAUAAUUAAUGGUGGAAAGGUGAAAUUGGCCUAAUGGUAAAAAUAUAGUGUAACUCCAUUUUACAGAACAACGAUCUAUAAAAAUGAUAAUUAUUAAUUACCAAAUAUGUGGGCAUCACUACAUUGCUUGUUUUAACAUCUAGGCUUCUAUUUAAACUAAUUAAUAGCCGUUAUUACGCUUUCAGAUAAAUGCUUUUGUCUCUUUUGAUAUGUAUAUGAUAUUAAUUGAUACAAUUCAGAUGUAUUAUAAUGAUUACGUACAAGUAUUACGUAUUUUUCGACAUAAGGAAUAUCUCUUUGUGUAUUGUGUAGAUCUAUAGUAUAAAUGUAAGAUAGUUCAGUACCUAUGUUACAUUACAAACAUAUAUAUUUUCUUCGGUUAAAUACUUUCUACAUGUGUGUAGCUGUUGUGUUGCGGGCAAGGGAACUGAUACUCUCAGGGAGCUCCUUCGGUUCUCCUGCUUUGGACGGUGCUAUUCAGCUCAGUCCACUCCUGGUGCCCAAGAGGCCCAUAGCUCAAAAUAUCGUUGUGACGAGAUAUGCAUUCCAUUAUUUAAGGAAACUCAUCAAUGGCGGCAUUGUAUGCGCCAACCACUUUAAGAUCGUGCUGGCCAAAAUUGUCAGUAUCCACAUGGAAGUUUCACUUGUUUAUCGCAGCAUUAUUGCAUUAAUCUUUUUCAUAUUGAUCACAGAUUCAUAUUUUCGAUUCAGUUACAAUCGGUAAGCACGAGUAUAAUCAAAGUUUUGCUUUGCUGUUGCUAAAUUUUUGUUUUUUUUUUAUAAAUCUCACCUGCCUGUGGCUGUGACCAGAGAAAUAAGAAAAAGGCAAUAAUGCAAAUUCUUAAUUCUUCAUUAUAUAGGUGGAUUUGUCAUGUUUUCAAGUGGACAUCCAAAUUUUGGGCAGAACGUUUAAUUGGAUAGUGCACCGUGGUUAUUAUACUUUUAACUUAUUAAUACAAAUGCAAAAUGUGUAUGUACAGAGGUUAUAUAUUAGGAAGUACAGUACCUCAACUGUAAUUCAUGCAAUAACUUAUUAUAAGAAAUUUCUUAUUAACAAAAGUCCUAGCUUUAGAAUAAUUGAAAAAACUUUAUGGGCAAGGUUUGUACAGUGACGACCUCUGACAGUACCUUGUAGGGAAAAGAAUUUCUUUGGAUUUAAUGCCACCUUUUCUUCAACUCUCAUUGAACAACGUGGGAUAUCCCCUUUUCACAAAGCUCUUGCAUUAUCAAGAAAUAUGACAAUAGAAAUUUUGUUUCUUGCCUAUUGUAGAAAUGUUUGAACCAUAUCGGAUAUAUUACUUUUUUUAAGCUAUUCUAAUUGAAAUGGGAUAUCUCACAAAUUAUGGCAGUGAAUAGGAAACUAAGUCAAAGUAGACAGUUGCACAUAUCUCCGUAUCGUUAACUCGUGUUUUGAACCUCUUAAAGCAGUUACCAUAUCAGCUUAUGCUUCUUAGGUGAUGUUCAAGGCGCGAGCGGUAUAUUCAAUCGAGGAAACUGAACUGAAUAAUAAUGUUUGAAAUUUUUUUGCUAUUGCAGUUAUGCACCCAUUGUCGAUAUUAUCAUGCAUAAAUCAUGUUUGGCUGAAUUAAUGAUCAACACACAAAAAGCAAAGUUCAAUUUCCUACCAGCAUUAGAUAAAGUUAUUAUUUGUAAAAUAUGUGCUUGCACGAUAUUCACUUCAUUAAAGCUAGGUAAUAUAAAUAAUGAGUGUAUGAUAUUCAAAACUUCGUUACGGUUUUUUUUUUGUCAGUGAUUGAGCCCCAGUGUUGUUAAAAUAAUGUCCAUGUGUUGAAGUGAAAUUGAUCAGUUUUUACAGUUACGGGUGUAGCGAUGCUUAUGAUUUAAGUAUAUAUGUAUCUGAUAGUAGACUGAUCACAUUAUUUAGUUCAGAUUCUUGAGUUUCAUGUGAAAGAUGUCUGCUCUAGUUUGGAAAGGCUGUGUAAGCUGGAUAUCAGCUUGUUGGAUUGUGAAGAUCGGUUACUGUUCUGUUAACGAGUUCAUUUAAUCUAGAAGCUAGAAACUGGUACAUACCGAUAAACUGGUGUAAAGCUCCUAUUCAGGUAGACCCCAAAGUUCAUUCUGUAAUUUAAUCAGGUGAAAAGUCUGCUCAAGAAUACUUUUCUACUCCGAAUCACAAGAAUUGUACAUAAUGGAAAUAUUUCAUAAAAUCUCAAAUAUUAAUUUUUUCCAAAAAAAAAAAAUCCUUGUUUGCCCCAAGUUGAACAAAAUUGCAGCAAAUUGUUCCCUGAGGAUUAAAGAAGCAAGUCACUUUUCAGAACACCAAAAAUAAUCUUCAUGGAUUCUGCAGGCGCAAUGAUUCAAAAAUUCAACUAUAUUAUGAGCAAUUUUCUAUAAAAAAUUCAAAUUCAGAUUUACUUUAUUGUGGAUGGAUAGUGAACGUUGGAGUUUACUGUGGAUGGUUACCAGUUAAGCUCUAGAGGUUAAAGUCUUGGCUCAGUCAAGAAAAAUAACCCUAGAAACUAGCCAAUUUUUAAAUGCAACAAUCAAUAACCAAUGGUCUUGUUGCGAAAACCUAGAACGAAUAACAAGAUACUGUUGUGUAUUCCAGGCUAAAAGUCGAUGUAAUGCAAUAUUUGUACUUUUCCAUGUUGAAAACUCGAUAAUAAUAAAGUAUAAAAGCUACGUUUA